AUGCGGUUCGAAACUGCGACUAUUGCGGCCAUCGCUGCUGCGUGUGUACCGCUGGUCAGCGCUGCCCCGCCAGUUGAAGCUGGCCAAGUUGUGAAGCGGCACGGCUCCAAGCCCAGCAGCUACAGCUUCUCUUCCAUGACCUCGACGCGUUAUGCGACUCCUCUGCCAACAUCGUCGCCAGUGACGACGUACAUGCCUGCAGCCUCCAUGAAGGCCAUCAUGCCAUCGGGGGUCAAGACCACCACGUGGAACAAGAAUGAAGCGAGUGCCUCCGACUGGGACAAUCCCUAUGGCCAAGCGGAAUGGAAUCGUCGCUGGGCUACGUUUAUGCCGAAUGUUUCCAUUUCAACUUUCAGCAUCUCGACUACCGUUCAGGCUACUCCAGUACCGUCUUCCUCUCUCGUCAUGCCCCCACCAGCCGGUUUCAGUUACAGUGAUGCACCAAAUGCAAAGGAUUAUACCUUUCCCAAGGACUUCAUUGUUGGCGUGGCUUCCUCGGCUGGUCAGAUUGAAGGCGCUAUCCAGGAUGAGGGCCGCACACCUAGUGUCCUGGAUUACUUCAACUUCAAUGCGGACCAGUCGCCGGACUAUAUCACCGACUGGAACUACUAUCUCUACAAGCAGGACAUUGCCCGCAUUGCUGCUAUGGGAAUCCCAUACUACUCUUUCUCUAUCUCGUGGACUCGAAUUCUCCCCUUUGCUGGUGCUGGUACCCCUGUCAACAAGGAGGGUAUUGACCACUACAACGACCUCAUCAACACCUGCCUCGAAUACGGUGUGAAGCCCAUGGUUACUAUCGUGCAUGCUGACGAGCCGUACGAGUUCGUGAUGGAAGGUGGAAAUGUAACGACGUCCUAUCUCUCCCUUAAUUCCGGGGCUGCGAAUGGUACAUUUGUCGACUCUUUUGUCUACUACUCCAGGAUCUUGUUCGCCGAGUUCGGCGACCGCGUGCCUAUCUGGAUUACUAUCAACGAGCCCUACUAUGAAUCUGGCAAUCUCCAGGGCAUGUACAAUUUCCUGGAGGCACACACCCAGGUGUAUGAUUUGUACAAGUCAAUGGGCGGCAAGGGAAUGAUGUCGUACAAGAAUGCCGACAACUUCGGUGUUCCUCUGGAUCCUAACAGCCAGGAAGAUAUUGCUGCUACCAAUCGGUACCAGGACUAUCUUCUGGGUAUCAUGUCCAACCCGACCUGGUUGGGCAAGGACGUUCCUGAGAGCGUGACGUCGACCUGCACCAAUGAGUCUCGCCCCCUUUCUCCCGAGACUCUGGCUCGAUACAAGGGCAAGUCCGACUUCUUCGCGGUCGACCCCUACACAGCAACCUUUGUUUUCCCACCAGAUGACGGAGUCGAAGCCUGUGCCAAGGACCCCAGCCAUUCCCUGUGGCCGAACUGCGUGAACACCACAUCUGUUAGCUCUAACGGAUGGGAAAUUGGUUUCUACUCCAACUCCUACCCCUAUAUGACCCCGAAGUAUUUCCGUGCUUUCAUGAACUAUAUUUGGGAGACAUACCAGCCGAAAGCCAUCAUGGUUUCUGAAUUUGGUUUCCCUGUCUUCGCCGAAGCCGAGGCCGACCUGGCGUCGCAACUGAACGACCUGCCCCGCUCCUUGUACUAUGAAGCAUUCCUCACUGAGAUCCUGAACUGUAUUCACGAGGAUGGCAUUAACAUCAUUGGUGCUGUCGGGUGGAGUAUGCUUGAUAACUGGGAGUUUGGAUCAUUUGCUCAGCACUUUGGCAUGCAAGUUGUCAAUCAAACUACCCAGGAGCGGUACUUCAAGCGCUCUUUCUUUGACUUCAUUGACUUCUUCCACUCACACGGCCUCUAA